AAACAGAGGAAAGGAAGGAAGGAAGCAUACUCAGCUUUUCACUGAGUGUCCACAGUGUGCUUGACCACAUCAAGUGACCAGAAAGAAACACCCUCAACUGGACUCUGACUGGAUCCUAAGUGAAACCUAGCUUCUAGCAAAAACACUGAAAGAGAACCUGGUGCAAGAAAAAUGCCCACAAAAAAGAUGUCAGCUCAGGAAAACGGCAUUUCUCAUGGGCCAGUAGCUGGAGUGUUUCUUGAACAUUCAAAAGAAACCAUUACAAUAUAUCAAGCCUACAAGAAACGCUUGUUGAAUCCAGGAACAUGUCUGGCACUGUUAGAGGCCCAAGCUGCAACAGGAGGAAUCAUCGACCCUGUCAAAAACAGGACAUGCUCUGUUGAAGAUGCAGUAAAAGAAGGCAUUGUUGGACGUGAAAUGAAAGAGAAACUUCAAUUAGCAGAGAGGGCCAUCAUGGGCUACAUAGAUCCCUAUACCAACCAACAAAUCUCACUCUUCCAGGCCAUGCAGAAAGAUGUAAUUCCAAAAGAAUAUGCCAUUAGGUUACUUGAGGCACAGAUCUCUGGCAAAGGGAUCUAUGACCCUAUUGAAAAAUGCUACCUAACAGAAGAACAAGCCUAUGGGCGAGGUCUGUAUGACAGAGAUCUUUUCAGAGACCAGAUGGAUGCUCUAAAAGUAUUCUAUGACCCAAACUCUCAGGAAAACCUCACUUAUCCAUCCCUGAUAAAGAAAUGCACUACAGCCCCAGAAACAGGUUUACUGCUUUUCCCGAUCUACAUCACAUUUAAAGGCCUCCGCAGAGGUGUGACGUCUGCUGAGCUGCUGGCAUCAAAAAUAAUUGACCAACAGACAUUUGAAAAUCUACAUGAUGGUAAAACCACCACCCAGGAUGUGAUGUUAAUGGAAACAGUGAAAGAAUAUCUAGAAGGUAAACAGAGCAUUGGGGGUGUAGCUGUGCUCGCAACGAAUAAGAAAAUGAGCAUAUACCAGGCAAUGAGACAAGGAAUAAUCAUGCCGGGUUCUGCUUUGAUUCUGCUAGAAGCACAGGCUGCAACUGGAUUCAUGAUUGACCCUGUUGAAAACAAGACAUUCACUGUAGAUGAAGCCAUUAAACAAAAACUUGUAGGACCAGAAUACCAUGCAAAAUUGCUUGCAGCAGAACGUGCAGUUACUGGUUACAAGGACCCAUACACUGGUGAAACCAUUUCUCUUUUUCAAGCUCUGAAGAAGGAACUGAUUGUGAAGGAGCAUGGAAUCCGCUUGCUUGAAGCACAAAUUGCAACUGGUGGAAUUAUUGAUCCCAUAAACAGUCACAGAGUUCCUGUGGAUGUAGCAUACAAUCGUGGCUUCUUUAAUGAGGAAAUGAACACCGUCCUUAAGGAUCCUGAAGAUGACACUAAAGGAUUCUUUGACCCAAACACAAAGGAUAAUCUGACAUAUCUGCAACUGCUGGAUCGUUGUGUCAUCGACCCUUCUACAGGACUCACAUUGUUGCCCAUUCAAGAUCCAUCUGGUAGUCUGAAUUACACAUUCAUUGGCUAUGACAUCAAAAAAGUCUUCAAGGGUGUCAUGGUUAAAGUGACAUGUGGAAAAUACAUGGGAAUGACUGUUUCUCUCUGGGAAUUACUUAUGUCUGAAUACUUCACUGAACAGCAAAGGCAAGACUUUAUCCAGCAAUACAGAAACAGAACACUCACGAUUGAAAUUAUAGUCACUAAAGUCCUGGAGAUCAUUGAACAUUCAGUGAAAACAUCGAAUGCAGUUUUUGAAGGUAUAAGGGAAAAAGUAAGUGCAAACCAGCUUGUCGAGGCUGAUAUCAUCACAGAGCACGAUCUAGAAGAUCUCAGAGAAGGAAAAAAGACUGUCAAAGAUGUUACGGAGAAUGAAUCUGUGCAAACAUAUCUACAAGGUAAACCAAGCAUUGCUGGUGUGCUGCUUCCUGACUCACAAGUGAUGUCAAUCUACCAAGCCCGACAAAAAGGAAUUCUGAGGCCAGGAACAUCACUUGUUCUUCUUGAAGCCCAGGCUGCAACAGGAUUCAUUAUUGACCCAAUUGCUAAUCGAAAGUUUACUGUAGAUGAUGCAGUGAAGGCACGGGUGGUAGGGGCUGAUCUUCAUGCAAAACUAUCAUCAGCAGAGAAGGCAGUGACAGGUUACCACGAUCCAUACACUGGCAAGAAAAUCUCAUUGUUCCAAGCAAUGCAAAAAGAUUUAAUUGUGAAAGAUCAUGGUAUACGUCUGCUAGAGGCCCAGAUUGCCACAGGGGGCAUUAUUGAUCCUGUAAAUAGCCAUCGCAUUCCAGUUCAUAUUGCUUAUAAACGAGGAUUCUUUGAUACUGAAAUGAAUCAGAUCCUUUGUGAUCCAACAGAUGACACAAAAGGAUUCUUUGACCCAAACACUCAUGAAAACCUUACUUAUAUGCAGCUUAUGUCCAGAUGUGUCACUGACCAAAGCACAGGCCUUUGCCUUUUGACAAUCAAAGGGAACGACAAGAGAGUCAAGAUAGGGGACAGCACCAAACAGGCCUUCCAAACCACAUAUGUCUCUGUGAGAUAUGGCAGAUUCAGCAACAAGAAUGUGACACUUUGGGAUAUCAUCAACUCUGAAUAUUUGUCUGAGGAGAAAAGACAGGAUCUGUUAAAAUGUUACAAGUCAAAAACAAUCACAAUUGAAGAAAUCAUUACAAUAAUUUUAGAGAUCAUUGAGAGCAAAGAAGUACAAAGAAAUGCUGACCUCAGUGUAGAUGGUCUCAGGGGAAAAAUCUCUAUUUUGGAGCUGCUGAAUUUGGGAAUAAUAGAUGAAAAAACAUACAAAAAUGUGAUUCAGGGGAAGCUAACAAUCGAAGAUCUCAUUGAGAUGGGCACUGUGAGAAACUUCCUCAGGGGAACAAGCUGUAUAGCAGGUGUAAUAUUACAAAAGUCUAAUCAGAAAAUGAGCAUCUACAAAGCCAAAAAAGAAGGCCAUCUUACCCCUGGCACUGCAUUGUGUCUUCUUGAAGCACAGGCUGCCACUGGGUUUAUUAUUGAUCCAAUACAAAACAAGAAACUCACCGUUGAUGAGGCACUGAAGCAGAAAAUCAUUGUUCCAGAGUUGUAUGAAAAGCUGCUUGCUGCUGAGAAAGCAGUCACUGGUUACGAAGACCCAUACACAGGCAAGAAAAUAUCACUUUUUGAAGCAAUCGAGAAAGAACUUAUUGUAAAGCAGCAUGGCAUUCGUCUGCUUGAAGCCCAGAUUGCUACAGGUGGCAUCAUUGAUCCCUUAACAUGUUUACAUUUGCCACUUGAUGUUGCUUUCCGGAAGGGUUAUUUUGACUCUGACUUAAAUCAAAUCCUUGCUGAUCAAAGUGAUGACACUAAAGGAUUUUUUGAUCCCACCACACAAGAAAAUCUGACCUACAUGGAGAUGAUGGCACGAUGCAUCAAGGAUCCCGAUACUGGUCUUUUACUUCUUCCAGUUGCCGAAAAAGUUAAAAUACAAGAAAAAUCACAAAAAAUUAUCUCAGAUGUUGAGAUUAAGGAAGAAUUUGAGAAAAACAAAGUUAUCAUUCCUGUUGGCCGUUUCUGUGGGAAAUCACUGUCUCUUUGGGAGAUAAUUCAUUCUGUAUACUUCACAGAUGAACAGAGGCAGCAGUUCUUUGAACAAUAUUGUUUGGGAAAGAUAAAUAUCAAGGAUGUUGGCACCAUGGUUAUCACAAAUAUUCAAACACUAGAACAGAAAGAAGCAGCCCCUCAAACAACAAUGGGCCUAAGAAAACCUGUUUCUGCGCAACAGCUGUAUGACUCUGGAAUCAUUGACACCAGUACUUACAAAGAGCUGCAACAUGGUAAGGAGAUGCUUGAAAAUGUGGUUAAACUUGAAUCUGUACAACAGUAUUUGAAGGGCACUGGAAGUAUUGCUGGAGUAAAACUUCAUCCAUCAGGAAAAGUGUUAAGUUUAUACAUGGCAAAAUCUGAAGGCUUACUCACUUCCGAUGCAGCACUGUUGUUGCUUGAGGCUCAGGCAGCAACUGGAUAUGUUAUCGAUCCAAUCAAAAACACACAUCACUCAGUCAUGGAGGCUGUCAGAGCUCAAAUUAUCGGACCAGAGAUAUUGGAGCACUUGCUAUUGGCUGAAAGUGCUGUCACUGGCUUCACAGACCCAUACACAAAUAAGCAGAUAUGCUUAUUUGAAGCAAUGAAUAAAGGCCUCAUCCCUCGGAAACAUGGACUGAACCUUUUAGAUGCACAGCUUGCCACAGGGGGAAUUAUUGAUCCAAUUGGAAGCUAUCGGGUACCUGUUCAGAAAGCAAUUAUGAAAGGAUGCUUGAAUAAGGAGACCAGUGAUUAUCUGGCAAAUCUUAGUAAAAGUGAAAAAGGGUUUUCAGACCCCCAAACAAAAGAACCUCUUACCUACCAUCAGCUCAUGAAGAAAUGUGAAAAGAAUUCAACAACUGGCCUGCUGCUUCUCCCAAUAACUGAAAAGAGUGCUGAAAGCUCAACCUACAAUGACAAGCAAAUAAUAAAUGUCUUCAAAGAAAAAUCAGUGAUUAUCAAUGCUGGAAAGUUUGCAGACAAACGUGUGUCACUUUGGGAUGUACUACACUCAGAGUAUAUAUCUGCAGAAAAAAGAAAAGAUCUACUUGACCAAUACAAACAAAAGAAACUAUCAAUUGAGGAGAUAACAGAAAUGGUGACAUCAAUGAUAAUUGAGGUAACCACAAAAAGGCAUUCUUUUAAAGGUCUGAGAAAACAAGUGUCUGCAAGUGAACUAUUUGAGGCUAAAAUCAUCUCAAAAGAAAUGAUGAGAAAGCUUAUCAAUGAAGAAGUAGAUGAUGAAGAUAUAAACAAUAUGGAAUCUAUUCAAAAAUACCUUGGGGCAACAAACUGUAUCGCUGGUGUAUAUGUCCAGUCAACCAAACAGACCAUGAGCAUAUCUGAAGCCAAAAAUAAGGGACUUCUUACACCUGGAACAUCUCUGGUUUUACUUGAAGCCCAGGCUGCCACUGGCUUUAUGAUUGACCCAGUGAAGAACAAAAAGCUUUCAGUAGAGCAGGCAGUGGCUGAAGGGAUUGUUGGGACAGAAUGGAAAAGCAAAUUACUGUCUGCAGAGAGGGCAGUUACUGGUUACACAGACCCCUACACAGGAAAAACAAUCUCUUUGUUCCAGGCCUUGAAAAAAGAUCUGAUUGUCAAGGACCAUGGUAUUCGUCUGCUAGAAGCUCAGAUUGCAACUGGGGGCAUCAUUGAUCCUGUGCACAGCCAUCGUGUCCCUGUGGAGGUGGCUUACCAAAGAGGGUACUUUGAUGAGGAGAUGAACAAUAUCCUCUCUGACCCAGAUGAUGACACCAAGGGAUUCUUUGAUCCCAACACACAGGAGAACCUCACAUACCUGCAACUUGUGGAGAGGUGUGUUAGAGACCCCAACACUGGCCUGAGCCUCCUUGUGAUUGCGAAAAAGGGCGAGUACUACUUCUUCGUUGAUGAACAUACAAAGAAUAUCCUCAAGUCUACGACCACAAAGAAAGCAGGAGGUAAAUUCCAAGGAGAGCUGGUGACUCUUUGGGAUCUGCUGUAUUCAAAUUAUAUUUCUGAGGAAAAGAGGAGAGAACUGGUGCAGCAGUUUAAGUCGGGUACAAUAACUAUUGAAGAAUUCUUAGAAAUAGUUCUGACAUUGGUAUCACAGAAAUCAGGAACAAGCACCCAAAUCAUUACUACCACCACCACAGCAACAACAGAGAUAACCCAGAAGCACAACUUCCAAGGUAUCAGAAAGGAUGUGAGUGCUGAUGAGUUACUGCAAUCCAAAGUCAUUGAUGAGAAAAUGUACAAAGACCUAACUUCUGGAAAAGUCACAGUUGAUCAUGUAAGUGAAAUGGACUCUGUGCGAAAAUACCUGAAAGGAACAAACUGCAUCGCUGGUGUAUAUGUCCAGUCGACCAAACAGACCAUGAGCAUAUCUGAGGCCAAAAAUAAGGGACUUCUGACACCAGGAACAUCUCUGGUUUUACUUGAAGCCCAGGCUGCCACUGGCUUUAUGAUUGACCCAGUGAAGAACAAAAAGCUUUCAGUAGAGCAGGCAGUGGCUGAAGGGAUUGUUGGGACAGAAUGGAAAAGCAAAUUACUGUCUGCAGAGAGGGCAGUUACUGGUUACACAGACCCCUACACGGGAAAAACAAUCUCUUUGUUCCAGGCCUUGAAAAAAGAUCUGAUUGUCAAGGACCAUGGUAUUCGUCUGCUAGAAGCUCAGAUUGCAACUGGGGGCAUCAUUGAUCCUGUGCACAGCCAUCGUGUCCCUGUGGAGGUGGCUUACCAAAGAGGGUACUUUGAUGAGGAGAUGAACAAGAUCCUCUCUGACCCAGAUGAUGACACCAAGGGAUUCUUUGAUCCCAACACACAGGAGAACCUCACAUACCUGCAACUUGUGGAGAGGUGUGUUAGAGACCCCAACACUGGCCUGAGCCUCCUUGUGAUUGCGAAAAAGGGCGAGUACUACUUCUUUGUUGAUGAACAUACAAAGAAUAUCCUCAAGUCUACAACCACAAAGAAAGCAGGAGGUAAAUUCCAAGGAGAGCUGGUGACUCUUUGGGAUCUGCUGUAUUCAAAUUACAUUUCUGAGGAAAAGAGGAGAGAACUGGUGCAGCAGUUUAAGUCGGGUACAAUAACAAUUGAAGAAUUCUUAGAAAUAGUUCUGACAUUGGUAUCACAGAAAUCAGGAACAAGCACACAAAUUAUUACUACCACCACCACAGCAACAACAGAGAUAACCCAGAAGCACAACUUCCAAGGUAUCAGAAAGGAUGUGAGUGCUGAUGAGUUACUGCAAUCCAAAGUCAUUGAUGAGAAAAUGUACAAAGACCUAACUUCUGGAAAAGUCACAGUUGAUCAUGUAAGUGAAAUGGACUCUGUGCGAAAAUACCUGAAAGGAACAAACUGCAUCGCUGGUGUAUAUGUCCAGUCGACCAAACAGACCAUGAGCAUAUCUGAGGCCAAAAAUAAGGGACUUCUGACACCAGGAACAUCUCUGGUUUUACUUGAAGCCCAGGCUGCCACUGGCUUUAUGAUUGACCCAGUGAAGAACAAAAAGCUUUCAGUAGAGCAGGCAGUGGCUGAAGGGAUUGUUGGGACAGAAUGGAAAAGCAAAUUACUGUCUGCAGAGAGGGCAGUUACUGGUUACACAGACCCCUACACGGGAAAAACAAUCUCUUUGUUCCAGGCCUUGAAAAAAGAUCUGAUUGUCAAGGACCAUGGUAUUCGUCUGCUAGAAGCUCAGAUUGCAACUGGGGGCAUCAUUGAUCCUGUGCACAGCCAUCGUGUCCCUGUGGAGGUGGCUUACCAAAGAGGGUACUUUGAUGAGGAGAUGAACAAUAUCCUCUCUGACCCAGAUGAUGACACCAAGGGAUUCUUUGAUCCCAACACACAGGAGAACCUCACAUACCUGCAACUUGUGGAGAGGUGUGUUAGAGACCCCAACACUGGCCUGAGCCUCCUUGUGAUUGCGAAAAAGGGCGAGUACUACUUCUUCGUUGAUGAACAUACAAAGAAUAUCCUCAAGUCUACAACCACACAGAAAGCAGGAGGCAAAUUCCAAGGAGAGCUGGUGACUCUUUGGGAUCUGCUAUAUUCAAAUUACAUUUCUGAGGAAAAGAGAAGAGAAUUGGUGCAGCAGUUUAAGUUGGGUACAAUAACUAUUGAAGAAUUCUUAGAAAUAGUUCUGACAUUGGUAUCACAGAAAUCAGGAACAAGCACCCAAAUCAUUACUACCACCACCACCACAGCAACAACAGAGAUAACCCAGAAGCACAACUUCCAAGGUAUCAGAAAGGAUGUGAGUGCUGAUGAGUUACUGCAAUCCAAAGUCAUUGAUGAGAAAAUGUACAAAGACCUAACUUCUGGAAAAGUCACAGUUGAUCAUGUAAGUGAAAUGGACUCUGUGCGAAAAUACCUGAAAGGAACAAACUGCAUCGCUGGUGUAUAUGUCCAGUCGACCAAACAGACCAUGAGCAUAUCUGAGGCCAAAAAUAAGGGACUUCUGACACCAGGAACAUCUCUGGUUUUACUUGAAGCCCAGGCUGCCACUGGCUUUAUGAUUGACCCAGUGAAGAACAAAAAGCUUUCAGUAGAGCAGGCAGUGGCUGAAGGGAUUGUUGGGACAGAAUGGAAAAGCAAAUUACUGUCUGCAGAGAGGGCAGUUACUGGUUACACAGACCCCUACACGGGAAAAACAAUCUCUUUGUUCCAGGCCUUGAAAAAAGAUCUGAUUGUCAAGGACCAUGGUAUUCGUCUGCUAGAAGCUCAGAUUGCAAGGGGCAUCAUUGAUCCUGUGCACAGCCAUCGUGUCCCUGUGGAGGUGGCUUACCAAAGAGGGUACUUUGAUGAGGAGAUGAACAAUAUCCUCUCUGACCCAGAUGAUGACACCAAGGGAUUCUUUGAUCCCAACACACAGGAGAACCUCACAUACCUGCAACUUGUGGAGAGGUGUGUUAGAGACCCCAACACUGGCCUGAGCCUCCUUGUGAUUGCGAAAAAGGGUGAGUACUACUUCUUCGUUGAUGAACAUACAAAGAAUAUCCUCAAGUCUACAACCACAAAGAAAGCAGGAGGUAAAUUCCAAGGAGAGCUGGUGACUCUUUGGGAUCUGCUGUAUUCAAAUUACAUUUCUGAGGAAAAGAGGAGAGAACUGGUGCAGCAGUUUAAGUCGGGUACAAUAACUAUUGAAGAAUUCUUAGAAAUAGUUCUGACAUUGGUAUCACAGAAAUCAGGAACAAGCACACAAAUCAUUACUACCACCACCACAGCAACAACAGAGAUAAACCAGAAGCACAACUUCCAAGGUAUCAGAAAGGAUGUGAGUGCUGAUGAGUUACUGCAAUCCAAAGUCAUUGAUGAGAAAAUGUACAAAGACCUAACUUCUGGAAAAGUCACAGUUGAUCAUGUAAGCGAAAUGGACUCUGUGCGAAAAUACCUGAAAGGAACAAACAGCAUUGCUGGUGUAUUUGUGCAGUCUACCAAACAGACCAUGAGCAUAUUUGAAGCCAAAAAUAAGGGACUUCUGACACCUGGAACAUCUCUGGUUUUACUUGAGGCCCAGGCUGCCACUGGCUUUAUGAUUGACCCAGUGAAGAACAAAAAACUGUCAGUAGAGCAGGCGGUGGCUGAAGGGAUUGUUGGGACAGAAUGGAAAAAUAAACUGCUGUCUGCAGAGCGGGCAGUUACUGGUUACACAGACCCCAACACGGGAAAAAUAAUCUCCUUAUUCCAGGCCUUGAAAAAAGAUCUGAUUGUCAAGGACCAUGGUAUUCGUCUGCUAGAAGCUCAGAUUGCUACAGGGGGCAUCAUAGAUCCUGUGCACAGCCAUCGUGUCCCUGUGGAGGUGGCUUACCAAAGAGGGUACUUUGAUGAGGAGAUGAACAAGAUCCUCUCUGAUCCAAGUGAUGACACCAAGGGAUUCUUUGAUCCCAACACACAAGAGAACCUCACAUACCUGCAACUUGUGGAGAGGUGUGUUAGAGACCCCAUCACUGGCCUGAGCCUCCUUGUGAUUGCGAAAAAGGGCGAGUACUACUUCUUCGUUGAUGAACAUACAAAGAGUAUCCUCAAGUCUAUGACCACACAGAAAGCAGGAGGCAAAUUCCAAGGAGAGCUGGUGACUCUUUGGGAUCUGCUAUAUUCAAAUUACAUUUCUGAGGAAAAGAGGAGAGAACUGGUGCAGCAGUUUAAGUCGGGUACAAUAACUAUUGAAGAAUUCUUGGAAAUAGUGCUGACAUUGGUAUCGCAGAAAUCAGGAACAAGCACCCAAACCAUUACUACCACCACCACAGCAACAACAGAGAUAACCCAGAAGCACAACUUCCAAGGUAUCAGAAAGGAUGUGAGUGCUGAUGAGUUACUGCAAUCCAAAGUCAUUGAUGAGAAAAUGUACAAAGACCUAACUUCUGGAAAAGUCACAGUUGAUCAUGUAAGUGAAAUGGACUCUGUGCGAAAAUACCUGAAAGGAACAAACUGCAUCGCUGGUGUAUAUGUCCAGUCGACCAAACAGACCAUGAGCAUAUCUGAGGCCAAAAAUAAGGGACUUCUGACACCAGGAACAUCUCUGGUUUUACUUGAAGCCCAGGCUGCCACUGGCUUUAUGAUUGACCCAGUGAAGAACAAAAAGCUUUCAGUAGAGCAGGCAGUGGCUGAAGGGAUUGUUGGGACAGAAUGGAAAAGCAAAUUACUGUCUGCAGAGAGGGCAGUUACUGGUUACACAGACCCCUACACAGGAAAAACAAUCUCUUUGUUCCAGGCCUUGAAAAAAGAUCUGAUUGUUAAGGACCAUGGUAUUCGUCUGCUAGAAGCUCAGAUUGCAACUGGAGGCAUCAUUGAUCCUGUGCACAGCCAUCGUGUCCCUGUGGAGGUGGCUUACCAAAGAGGGUACUUUGAUGAGGAGAUGAACAAUAUCCUCUCUGACCCAGAUGAUGACACCAAGGGAUUCUUUGAUCCCAACACACAGGAGAACCUCACAUACCUGCAACUUGUGGAGAGGUGUGUUAGAGACCCCAACACUGGCCUGAGCCUCCUUGUGAUUGCGAAAAAGGGCGAGUACUACUUCUUCGUUGAUGAACAUACAAAGAGUAUCCUCAAGUCUACGACCACAAAGAAAGCAGGAGGUAAAUUCCAAGGAGAGCUGGUGACUCUUUGGGAUCUGCUGUAUUCAAAUUAUAUUUCUGAGGAAAAGAGGAGAGAACUGGUGCAGCAGUUUAAGUCGGGUACAAUAACUAUUGAAGAAUUCUUGGAAAUAGUGCUGACAUUGGUACCGCAGAAAUCAGGAACAAGCACCCAAACCAUUACUACCACCACCACAGCAACAACAGAGAUAACCCAGAAGCACAACUUCCAAGGUAUCAGAAAGGAUGUGAGUGCUGAUGAGUUACUGCAAUCCAAAGUCAUUGAUGAGAAAAUGUACAAAGACCUAACUUCUGGAAAAGUCACAGUUGAUCAUGUAAGCGAAAUGGACUCUGUGCGAAAAUACCUGAAAGGAACAAACAGCAUUGCUGGUGUAUUUGUGCAGUCUACCAAACAGACCAUGAGCAUAUUUGAAGCCAAAAAUAAGGGACUUCUGACACCUGGAACAUCUCUGGUUUUACUUGAGGCCCAGGCUGCCACUGGCUUUAUGAUUGACCCAGUGAAGAACAAAAAACUGUCAGUAGAGCAGGCGGUGGCUGAAGGGAUUGUUGGGACAGAAUGGAAAAAUAAACUGCUGUCUGCAGAGCGGGCAGUUACUGGUUACACAGACCCCAACACGGGAAAAAUAAUCUCCUUAUUCCAGGCCUUGAAAAAAGAUCUGAUUGUCAAGGACCAUGGUAUUCGUCUGCUAGAAGCUCAGAUUGCUACAGGGGGCAUCAUAGAUCCUGUGCACAGCCAUCGUGUCCCUGUGGAGGUGGCUUACCAAAGAGGGUACUUUGAUGAGGAGAUGAACAAGAUCCUCUCUGAUCCAAGUGAUGACACCAAGGGAUUCUUUGAUCCCAACACACAAGAGAACCUCACAUACCUGCAACUUGUGGAGAGGUGUGUUAGAGACCCCAUCACUGGCCUGAGCCUCCUUGUGAUUGCGAAAAAGGGCGAGUACUACUUCUUCGUUGAUGAACAUACAAAGAGUAUCCUCAAGUCUAUGACCACACAGAAAGCAGGAGGCAAAUUCCAAGGAGAGCUGGUGACUCUUUGGGAUCUGCUAUAUUCAAAUUACAUUUCUGAGGAAAAGAGGAGAGAACUGGUGCAGCAGUUUAAGUCGGGUACAAUAACUAUUGAAGAAUUCUUGGAAAUAGUGCUGACAUUGGUAUCGCAGAAAUCAGGAACAAGCACCCAAACCAUUACUACCACCACCACAGCAACAACAGAGAUAACCCAGAAGCACAACUUCCAAGGUAUCAGAAAGGAUGUGAGUGCUGAUGAGUUACUGCAAUCCAAAGUCAUUGAUGAGAAAAUGUACAAAGACCUAACUUCUGGAAAAGUCACAGUUGAUCAUGUAAGUGAAAUGGACUCUGUGCGAAAAUACCUGAAAGGAACAAACUGCAUCGCUGGUGUAUAUGUCCAGUCGACCAAACAGACCAUGAGCAUAUCUGAGGCCAAAAAUAAGGGACUUCUGACACCAGGAACAUCUCUGGUUUUACUUGAAGCCCAGGCUGCCACUGGCUUUAUGAUUGACCCAGUGAAGAACAAAAAGCUUUCAGUAGAGCAGGCAGUGGCUGAAGGGAUUGUUGGGACAGAAUGGAAAAGCAAAUUACUGUCUGCAGAGAGGGCAGUUACUGGUUACACAGACCCCUACACAGGAAAAACAAUCUCUUUGUUCCAGGCCUUGAAAAAAGAUCUGAUUGUUAAGGACCAUGGUAUUCGUCUGCUAGAAGCUCAGAUUGCAACUGGAGGCAUCAUUGAUCCUGUGCACAGCCAUCGUGUCCCUGUGGAGGUGGCUUACCAAAGAGGGUACUUUGAUGAGGAGAUGAACAAUAUCCUCUCUGACCCAGAUGAUGACACCAAGGGAUUCUUUGAUCCCAACACACAGGAGAACCUCACAUACCUGCAACUUGUGGAGAGGUGUGUUAGAGACCCCAACACUGGCCUGAGCCUCCUUGUGAUUGCGAAAAAGGGCGAGUACUACUUCUUCGUUGAUGAACAUACAAAGAGUAUCCUCAAGUCUACGACCACAAAGAAAGCAGGAGGUAAAUUCCAAGGAGAGCUGGUGACUCUUUGGGAUCUGCUGUAUUCAAAUUAUAUUUCUGAGGAAAAGAGGAGAGAACUGGUGCAGCAGUUUAAGUCGGGUACAAUAACUAUUGAAGAAUUCUUGGAAAUAGUGCUGACAUUGGUACCGCAGAAAUCAGGAACAAGCACCCAAACCAUUACUACCACCACCACAGCAACAACAGAGAUAACCCAGAAGCACAACUUCCAAGGUAUCAGAAAGGAUGUGAGUGCUGAUGAGUUACUGCAAUCCAAAGUCAUUGAUGAGAAAAUGUACAAAGACCUAACUUCUGGAAAAGUCACAGUUGAUCAUGUAAGUGAAAUGGACUCUGUGCGAAAAUACCUGAAAGGAACAAACAGCAUUGCUGGUGUAUUUGUGCAGUCUACCAAACAGACCAUGAGCAUAUUUGAAGCCAAAAAUAAGGGACUUCUGACACCUGGAACAUCUCUGGUUUUACUUGAGGCCCAGGCUGCCACUGGCUUUAUGAUUGACCCAGUGAAGAACAAAAAACUGUCAGUAGAGCAGGCGGUGGCCGAAGGGAUUGUUGGGACAGAAUGGAAAAAUAAACUGCUGUCUGCUGAGCGGGCAGUUACUGGUUACACAGACCCCAACACAGGAAAAAUAAUCUCCUUGUUCCAGGCCUUGAAAAAAGAUCUGAUUGUCAAGGACCAUGGUAUUCGUCUGCUAGAAGCUCAGAUUGCUACAGGGGGAAUCAUUGAUCCUGUGCACAGCCAUCGUGUCCCUGUGGAGGUGGCUUACCAAAGAGGGUACUUUGAUGAGGAGAUGAACAAGAUCCUCUCUGAUCCAGAUGAUGACACCAAGGGAUUCUUUGAUCCCAACACACAGGAGAACCUCACAUACCUGCAACUUGUGGAGAGGUGUGUUAGAGACCCCAUCACUGGCCUGAGCCUCCUUGUGAUUGCGAAAAAGGGCGAGUACUACUUCUUCAUUGAUGAACAUACAAAGAGUAUCCUCAAGUCUAUGACCACACAGAAAGCAGGAGGUAAAUUCCGAGGAGAGCUAGUGACUCUUUGGGAUCUGCUAUAUUCAAAUUACAUUUCUGAGGAAAAGAGGAGAGAACUGGUGCAGCAGUUUAAGUCGGGUACAAUAACUAUUGAAGAAUUCUUAGAAAUAGUUCUGACAUUGGUAUCACAGAAAUCAGGAACAAGCACCCAAACCAUUACUACCACAACCACAGCAACAACAGAGAUAACCCAGAAGCACAACUUCCAAGGUAUCAGAAAGGAUGUGAGUGCUGAUGAGUUACUGCAAUCCAAAGUCAUUGAUGAGAAAAUGUACAAAGACCUAACUUCUGGAAAAGUCACAGUUGAUCAUGUAAGUGAAAUGGACUCUGUGCGAAAAUACCUGAAAGGAACAAACAGCAUUGCUGGUGUAUUUGUGCAGUCUACCAAACAGACCAUGAGCAUAUUUGAAGCCAAAAAUAAGGGACUUCUGACACCUGGAACAUCUUUGGUUUUACUUGAAGCCCAGGCUGCCACUGGCUUUAUGAUUGACCCAGUGAAGAACAAAAAACUGCCAGUAGAGCAGGCAGUGGCUGAAGGGAUUGUUGGGACAGAAUGGAAAAGCAAACUACUGUCUGCAGAGAGGGCAGUUACUGGUUACACAGACCCCUACACAGGAAAAACAAUCUCCUUGUUCCAGGCCUUGAAAAAAGAUCUGAUUGUCAAGGACCAUGGUAUUCGUCUGCUAGAAGCUCAGAUUGCUACAGGGGGCAUCAUUGAUCCUGUGCACAGCCAUCGUGUCCCUGUGGAGGUGGCUUACCAAAGAGGGUACUUUGAUGAGGAGAUGAACAAGAUCCUCUCUGAUCCAGAUGAUGACACCACGGGAUUUUUUGAUCCCAACACACAGGAGAACCUCACAUACUUGCAACUUGUGGAGAGGUGUGUUAGAGACCCAAAGACUGGUCUGAGUCUGCUUUCUUUACAAAAGUAGAUUUAAGAUUGGAUGCAACAUGCCAUGCAAGCUAUUCAUGCUUUAUUAACUACAAUAAUACUCUUCUCUUUCUACUGCCAUUUGCAAAUCUGUAAGUGUAUAUAAUUUCAGUUUCAAUGUGCAUUGCAUACAUUAUAGUUUAAGGUUAAGUCAAUUUUACACUUUUACACUGCAAUUUAGAAGUUAAAAAAGUUAGUGUGUUACAGGUAUUAAUGCUUUCUGGCUACAUGUUCAAAACUAUACAAAUAAACAAACAGCUGCAACAUUUUAUUUCAUAAGUCAAUAAACUCUUUCAUUAUAAA